AUGCAGACCCUCUUUAUUCAAAAGCGUAUGUUGUAUCUCAGAAAAAAAGGGGGGUUUUAUGGUGGUCUUAUGGCUGUUAGAGAAGAGGGAGUACAAACAAACGCUAUAUUCGCAAGUUUGAGAAAGAAUAAUCGAAUGCGUCGAAAAAAAAACGCCGCAAGAAACUUUUUACCAAGGAGCGAACACCUUGCCACCAUCCUUUCUACAAACUUUUCAGAAGAAAGUUUCAACAAAAGAAAUCGUGUAGAAGGGCCGGUGAAAGACUUGGAGGAAUGCUUCUUUACUUCGAUGAGAGACCGCGUAGAAGAACUUGUCAAGCAAACUAAAACUCAAGAUAAAACAAAUGAACUGAAAAACAAACUCCUAAAUGUAAAGACUAUACCGGCAGCAAUAAUAACGAAUGCAGCACAACUUGCCAAGUGUGACAGAAAAGUAAUGUGCUCACAUAUGGAGCACCGCCCUGGGCUAAAAAAUGUUGAAGAAUGGAAGAAGUUCGUAUCUCAAAACUUCGACAAAAUAGCUGAGGCUGCCGUAGGCUCGGUCGUAAAAGACACAGCUAAAGUAUACUCUUCUUCCACUCCAACAAAUAAACAGCCAUAUGAAGAAAUGAGAACGUGCACGGUCCAGAUAAACAGCCUCUUCAGAUCGGAUCUCCCUCCUAUUGUAAAGACAUUCGUGUGUACUAGAUUACAAGAUUCGAUGGUUACCUCGACAGAUUAUACCCUUUGCUUUUCGGCAUUCGUGAAUAUGAUGAUAAGUGAGCUGAAGACUAGCGAAUUCUUCUUUGACAACAAUGAUAUCAAGAUUAAGAAAGUUCUUGGAUUCAACCUCGCCAAAUUGCUGCCUUUUGUUACAACUAAUGAGCCAAAACAUACCAUCCAGCCGUUGGGCAAGGAUUUAAUUGCCUCUAAACGAUUUGAGACGGACUCCAAGUGUCUCUUCACAAGCCAACAUCUGCAAGUUGUGUAUAGUUAUUUUUUUGGUGCCCGUGGUGCUAAAGAAGAAAAUUUAAACGCCCACCCUGUGCAGAAUAGUCUGUUUUGUUCUUUCAAAGAAUUCGGCCUUGAUAAACAGAGCUUCUAUCUUGAGAAAGCAUCAUCGUCGGCAAUGUCGAUGGCUCUUGAAAUGUACCUGGUCAACUUUGAGAAUAUGUGGGACGGGAAAAAGAUAAUUAACAAGCUUUUGGACAAAGUGAUACUAGUGCUACUUCGCCACCAUCUUGCCCGCAAUAGAGAAUCAAAGCGUAUCUCGACCACAACAACAAGGAAUCCACCUGGAAAGAAGGAUAUAAGAAACCAUGUGCGUUAUGUUUGUCGUGCAGAGGAUAAAAAGCUGAAAAAGUUGGUACAAAGAAAGGGAAAAGCAAGCGGAUUAGAAGGAGAAAAGUGGGCCACUAAGAUAAAUAGUGCGAAGCAGCGUCUAGCAAAUUUAAGACAUACUUUUAAAAAGAAGAUAAGUCAAAUGCUGAAUGAUAGAAAGGAAGCUUCUGUGAAACACAAGCUCGUUGUUCAGGAUUUGAACAUCGCGGAAGAACAGCAAGAUUUUCUGGAAGAAGUGGGGACUUUGGAUGAUGAUGUUCCGGAAAGGAGGUUGAAUCAACUCAAGUCCGUAAUUAAACACUUGGUCUUCAGCAAUGAUACGCCUGUAUAUUUAGAAGAUGUCAAACAUCCUGUGUCCCCUGAGGCCACCACCACCGAACAGUCAGUAUGCUUGUUGAUUUGCAAUACGUUGAUGAAGUCCUUGCCUCCGAAAAAGCAAUAUCACGUAAUUGCGUAUCAGAUGUAUUUCUGUAUCUUUGCAAACGACGUUCUUAAAUAUGCACGUUAUAUAAAGUUUACUCGCGCAUUAUGUCCUUCAACAUCAUUCUCGUCAUUGAGUGUACUACACCUGGAUUCAGUUGCAUUAUAUCAGCUAUUGACCCAGAAUAUAGAUCAAGACAAGUCGGAAGAACCACCAUCACAUACCAACCAGCAAGAAAAGGAAGGGUAUAGUAGAAUGAUACUCUAUGGGUAUAAUAGGGAUGAGCUGAUAGGGUCUCAAGACAAAGCGCGCCAAAACAAAGAUGCCACAUUUAACGCAGUAUUUGAUAUGGGAGAGAUUCAGAAAGCAUGUGAAUCGUAUGGUCUAUAUUUUGCACAUCGGAUGACAUGUCUACCAGGAAUGAAAGCAGUGCGAUUAUUGGGAUCGAAAAUAAAAACCCAUGGCACCGUAAAAGAGGGGACAAAACAGUCAUAUGAAGCACGGAUUUUAAGAAACCCGAGCAUUAUGCAAGAAGGACGAAAAACAAAGGAUGCUCUUUUUUCUGAGCUUCAAAGCUUAACAGAAGAAGUCAAGACGCUUGAAUCUGUCCGUAAAAGAGAGCUAGAUCUUCUGAAAGACAGUAACUUCCAAAGGAAAAUCAAAGAAUGUAAAUCAAAUUGGGGGACAACAGAUGACAAGGAUCAGUUAUACCGGACGAUUGAAAAAUAUAAAGAAUCGAGAUAUAAAUCUUAUUUGAUGGUUAACAAGAUCAGAAACGAACUCGCCGAAAAAAAGACAACACUCCAUAAUGUUAAAGAUGUCCCUCAAGAUAGCAGAAGUCCAAUUGAGAAAUGUGGCAAAGGUGUGACCAAGGCGGAGGACCGAACUGUUGUGAAUCCUGGUGACUUUAACUAUGCGGGUACUGACAAUGGCCUGGUGAAUAUGACAACAUCAAUACCGAUGUCGUUACAAAGAAUGAAAUUUCAUCUAAAGCUUUUCAACUAUUACACCGCGUUAAGAAAGGUCUCCAAUGAAGACAGUAUCGGCUUGAAUCUAUCUAAAGAAGAAUCAUUCCUACAUUUGCCAUCAGUUACAAAUACGAAGGCUAGUGAUGUUAGGGGGUUUCAUUAUCUCUUAGGAUUCGGAAAGCGGGUGUUUAAAUGA